GCAAUGACUCAGAAAAGCAACUGAUUAUUCAAAGGCUUCGUGAUGAAUUCAGUGAACUAGAGAAACACGCACCUGAAUUAUCUACACAUCCAACUUCAUCUAAUACAGAACUUGCAACAUGA